AUGUCGUACUCGCGCCUACACAGUACAGUGAACUCGACGAUUUUGUCUUCGGGCACCUACUGGGGCCAGUUCGAGGAGAUUGGCAAGUACAAUGCCAACCUGAAUGUCGCUGAGCGGCUGUGGGCUGCAUGGUACGCAUGGAUGCAGAACGAUGUCCUGGCCACCGGAAUCAUGUCCUUCGCGAUGCACGAGCUGGUCUACUUUGGUCGCUCGCUACCAUGGAUCUUCAUCGAUAGCUUGGGUCUAUUCAAGGGCUACAAGAUUCAGAGUAGCAAAAUCCCCUCGUUGCGCGAACAGUGGGACUGUGCCAAGUUCGUGCUCCUGAGUCACUUUACCGUGGAGCUGCCGCAGAUCUGGCUCUUCCAUCCUAUGGCCCAAUACUUUGGUCUCACGACUUCGGUUCCCUUUCCCUCCCUGUGGACCAUGGCCUACCAGAUCGCGAUUUUCUUUGUGAUGGAGGACACCUGGCAUUACUUCUCCCACCGUGCCUUGCACUGGGGCCCCCUCUACAAGGCGAUUCACAAGAUUCAUCAUCAGUACUCUGCACCAUUCGGCCUAGCUGCCGAGUAUGCAUCCCCGAUUGAGGUCAUGAUUCUGGGCUUUGGGACAGUCGGCUGCCCGAUUCUCUGGUGUGCCUUCACCGGUGAUUUGCACAUUCUCACAAUGUACAUUUGGAUCGUUCUGCGCUUGUUCCAGGCCAUCGACGCGCACAGCGGCUAUGAGUUCCCCUGGAGCCUGCACCACUUCCUGCCCUUCUGGGCCGGUGCGGAUCACCAUGAUCUUCACCACGAGAAGUUCAUUGGCAAUUAUUCCAGCAGCUUCCGGUGGUGGGACUAUGUCCUGGACACUGAGUACACUCCCGACUCGUUGAAGCGGCGGAGAGAGAAUAAGGUAUCGACGAAUAAGGCUCAGUGA